AAAAUUCUGAAAGUAUAAAGUUUGAGAUAACCCCUUAAAAAGAUGAGUCAAGUGAGGGCUACUCCCCUGUUCGUUUGUCCACUAAUGUCGUCACUAAUACACCGACCUCCUACACUGACCACCCUAGUCAUUCUCUACGGACACUCACCAUGGCUAAAGGGUGGACGUUGUUGGUCAUCCUGGCUGCGACCAUAGCAGUUUCAUAUUCUCAGCAAAAUGAAAUCAAUGCAAUGGGAACCAGGUUUAUGUUGGUCUUCAAUAGACAAUACAGAGGCAGUCCACUUGGUUCUAAUGAUGUUAUUGUCACGACCGAAGAAGCUGAAACAACAGUAAAUCUGGAUAUUCCUGCUCUCAAUAUAUCGAUGUCACGCGUCAUUUCUCCAGACGAGCCAUUAGUCUACAAAUGCCCAGGAACUAUUCGGUUGGAAAACAACGUGAAGGAAAUGAAAGGUGUUCGGAUCACAUCCGAUAAGCGUGUUAGCGUGUUUGGUUCAAACGCCGGAUUGUCCGUCGAUUCAUUCUUGUCCCUUCCUAUGACAGACCCAGAAGUACGCGAGGAGUACAUUGUUGCUUCAUACAGGGCCCUCCCCACCACCUUCGCCCAAGUAGCCGUGGUCGCUUUUAUGAACAAUACUCAAGUAACUAUCGUUCGAAGAAACGAAGAACGCAAUGGCUAUGAUUGGCCAAAUGCUGUUAACUUUACCCUUAAUGAGUUUGAAUCGUACAUGCAAGCUGUACAAGGCGGUGACAUGACCGGGGCAAUGGUUCUAUCAGAUAAGCCCGUGUCUGUCCUCUCUGGGGCAUCGUGUGCCUUUGUACCAUUAACUUCUCAAUAUUGUGACCAUCUAGUAGAACAGAUUCCCCCAGUUUCUACAUGGGGAGGUACCUUCAUGACAGCUCCUAUUGCCACACGACUUCGAGGUGAUGUAUUCAGAAUAAUCUGCAGUCAGGACAAUACCACUGUUUACAAUCCACGUUUCGGCACCCGAGGCCCAACAGUGCAGAAAGGAGGGUACAUCGAACUUAACAUCGGAUCCCGUUCAACCCUGUUUUUCAAAUCUACAAAACCGUGCAUGACGGUCCAGUACAACAAGGGUAUAACCUCCGAUAAUUUGAGAAGCGGCACCGACCCAUUCAUGAUGAUCGUACCACCGCUGAAACAAUACGCACCAAGGCACAAAUUCCACACAAUACGAAACAGACGGGGGCAAGAUUUCAGCAACCAUGUGAAUGUCAUCGCAAAGACUGAAGCGUCCACCGGGGUCAGUCUCAACGGUGAAUUCCUCACUGAAUGGACACCGAUCCGUUACACUAACUUUUCCUUUGCACAGGUGACUAAUUUGAAAUAUGGCCAGUAUGUGUUACAACAUUGGUCCAAUGAUGUCUGGAUAUCCGCUAGCGUGUAUGGUCACUUCGGUGUCGAAGGCUACGGCAACCCUACUGGUAUGGGACUACGCAGAGGAGAUGUUGAGCACCCACCUGUGCCUAUAUCAACUCCUGCCCCAACUCGAUCAGUAGCAAGUAACUUCACAGAAAUAUGUAAAUGCCAAAUAAGGAUCGAGCCAAACAUCACUGCUGGGGAGACAUACCCAGGUGAGAUUCUUGAAGAGCUAGAACCCGUCUACUACAACAACUCUGAUGGAGAAUGCAUAGGGUGCCACGAGGUACUUCGAACAUGCCCGCAGAUCUGUGAUCAGCGUGCCCGUGAAUAUUGGGGAUGGGAAGGCCUUGCUAGGUUGGUCCCAGUAAACGGAACAAGUGGUAGCCGUCUACGACCUCGCGGCCAGGUACUCUGUCAAAUCCACAAUGGUCCUCUUAACCCACCAGGUACAAGGGUGCUCGCCUAUUAUGAUCCUGGCAGUUGUGGCGCUCCUAUGCACACAAUCGCAAGCAGCACUUCUCUCUGCUGCGCUGAACAAGAUAUUCCGGAAAUAGGAUACGUCAUAGUUUGGGACAGAGAAUGUGAUUCCGAUGUGGAAUUCCCACUGCCGACGGAUGCAAGUUAGACAAUCAUAUCACCAGCACACUACCUCGUGGAGAAACUAGUAGUUCAGACAAUGGUUUUCAUAUAGUUUUAGUUCCCGAAGAGAGUAUGUGACCCUGAAUGCUCAAUAAGAUGACUACAGUAUAUAUUGGAGUGCCUAUAGACAAUACAUGGGCGUGGUUGAUUUAGAUUCAGCUCAAUACUCAUUUGAAACGAGAAUCACGUUCAGAUUCAGAGCUAUUAAUAAGCCCUAUUACUUUUGAGAGCAAUUUUCCAAAAAGUGUGUCAAUUUCAGAAUCAGUAAUACCAUCAUACCAUCCUUUUGCCAUGCCCAUUUCAAGUCAAAAAAUCUAAA